AAUCGAGAUCAUUUUUUUUUAAAAAAAUACCAAAAUAGAGAAGAAGAAAAAAAAAAAAACAGAGAGCCUCUCGUCUAAUUUCUCGGAGCCUUUCUUAAUCAAUCUCCCCGAGCGAUCGUCCAUGGCGGACAUCGACAUCGGAACCGCAGCAGGAGGCGACGGAGGAGGAAGACGACGAGAGCCAUUGAUUAACCGAGAAAACAAGUUCACGCGUUGCGUGUCGCACGCGCAGGACGAGCUCCAGAGUUUCCGGAAAUAUCUGAGAUGGAUGUGCGUGGAUCAGUCGAGCCCAUGGACGGCUGCUCUCUCUUGGUCGAUGUUCGUUUUCUUCACGCUCGUCGUUCCGGUGACCUCUCACUUCAUGCUCGCUUGCGCCGACUGCGAUAGCCAUCACUCGAGGCCGUACGAUUCCGUGGUUCAGCUUUCUCUCAGCAGCUUCGCUGCCCUUUCUUUCCUCUGUCUCUCCAGAUUCGUCAGCAAGUAUGGUCUCCGACGGUUCCUCUUCUUCGAUAAGCUCUGGGACGAGAGCGAGACUGUUCGCCGAGGCUACACCAAUCAGCUCAACAGAUCGCUUAAGAUUCUCUCCUACUUCGUCACUCCAUGUUUCUUAGCGAUGAGCGCAUACAAGAUAUGGUGGUACGCUUCAGGCGCAUCUCAGAUUCCUUUCCUCGGUAACGUUAUCUUGAGUGAUACAGUCGCUUGUAUGAUGGAGCUCUGCUCGUGGCUAUACCGAACUACCGUGAUCUUCCUUGUUUGUGUCCUCUUCCGUCUCAUCUGCCAUCUUCAGAUCCUUAGGCUACAAGACUUUGCUCAGGUCUUCCAGAUGGAUUCAGACGUUGGUUCCAUCUUGUCUGAACAUCUCCGCAUCAGACGUCACUUGAGAAUCAUCAGCCACAGAUACCGAACCUUCAUAUUGUUGUCAUUGAUUCUUGUCACUGGCAGUCAGUUUUACUCUCUGCUUAUCACCACUAAGGCAUAUGCUGAAUUGAAUAUCUACAGAGCUGGAGAACUAGCACUAUGUUCAAUGACGCUGGUCACUGCGCUGCUCAUUCUAUUACGAAGUGCCUCAAAGAUCACACACAAGGCUCAGGCGGUGACUUGCCUUGCAGCCAAAUGGCAUGUCUGCGCGACAAUAGAAUCUUUUGAGACAGUGGAUGGAGAGACUCCAAGGCUUGUUGAUAGAGCAAGCGGACACGGGUUCUAUUCAACAGAUGUUGAUACUGGAGAUACAGACGACAGUGAGGAUUAUGGAGAUGAAGAAGAUGAUUUCGAUAACAACGAUCUCAUCCCUGCUUAUGCUUAUAGUACCAUAUCGUUCCAAAAGCGACAAGCUCUAGUGAAUUACUUUGAGAACAAUAGAGCAGGAAUCACGGUGUUUGGUUUUACACUCGACAGAAGUACUCUUCAUACGAUAUUUGGGAUUGAAAUGUCGCUUGUUCUCUGGCUUUUGGGUAAGACCAUUGGGAUUUCUUGAAUCAUUCUUCUUGAAUCAUUCUUUGGAUCAUAAAAGCUCUCAAAGUUUUGGCUCCCUUGUUGGAGGAGGAUCCUGCUAUUUAUGUGUACACAAGAGGCUCUCUGUAACAUAUAACAUUUCCUAAUUUUGUUCUUUCUAUCACUGUAAAUCAUCUUGUUUGUUCUUUAAUAUGUCGAUUUUGUAAUAGAUUUCAUGUGUUAAACGAGAUAUCUUACAGUAAAUUAGAUUGGUCUUCAACUUUUAUGUCUUUGUAGUUAUCUUUGUUUUGUGAUUUUGAUUGAACUUGUUAUAUACAGUAUUUUAAUUUGUGA